CAUAAUUAUCAUCAUCAUUCGAGUUAAUACAUCAUUCAUCAUCUUUGCACCUAAUAUAGUUGGAUUACAACAAACCCCUUAACAUAAAUACAUACCAAUACCCCUCAUAAGAAAGUUAAAGCUCUCCUACAAAACACUUAAACUAUACAUAGUUUGAGGUGGUUGUCAUGGUAUGUACGUAAUCCUAAAGUCUGGUAGUUGUCCAAAAUGUUUUGGUUUAGUAAAUAAGCAGACCCAUUUAAUUUUGGCCAAAUACACUUGUGUAGCCAAAACUUUGACGGUUUUGCCAAAUAUAGCCACUUUUGGCAAAAUACCAAAAAUAGCCACUUCCGUCCAAUUAUUUGACGGUGUUAGUUAACGUGUUGACUGGACUAACGGAUUGUCUGACGUGGCGAUUUCCGACCCAUAUGUAUUUUUCACGUGGAUUUAAAAAAAUAUAUUAAAAGAUUAGGAAAAAAUAAAAGGUUAUGUAUUUCCCAUGUACAUUAAAACUUAACAAACAAAAACAAAAAAAAAUCCCCCAAAAAAAUUCCAUCGCCAACACAGCGUUGCAAACCCUUCUCUUCCCUAUCCAUCAGAUCCCGCACCGGCCGCCUCGUAUCAUCGUCGAGAUUCAAUAGGAGGAGAUUGUAGGCUUGGCUUCAAACAACUACCUCUCCUCUCGAUUUCAUUCCCAAAUCAUUCUCUCCCGCACCAUUCCUCAUUCCCAAAUCAUUCCCUUAUUCUCUUCUCGAAUUCAAACUGUUGCCUGUCCUCGCGAUUCAACCAGCUCUCGCACCAUUCCCUCAUUUUCUGUCUUGGAAAUUUGAAUCAUUCCAGCCUCCAGAUAUGUUCCAAAUCUCCAAAAAAAUUUCAUUCCCAGAUCUAACCCGAGCGUUCUCGGCAAAGAAAACACAAAAUCAUGAAGCGCUCAACGCCAAUAAAGUCCGCCCAGGUCAAGCGUCGCUUUGAUUCCCGACCCAAAAUCCCUUUCUCCGACGCGAAUCAAGGGUCAGAGUCGCACCAUCACUGCUCUGACGCAGAUCGAGGGUUCGAGUUCCUCUCCUCUCCUUCCGUUGUCACCUCUGUCAUCCCGCGACAAGCACAUUCCGGCAAUGCGAUUGAGUGGAGGAUGGUCUCGUCGUCGAGUGCGGCGGGGAUGCGGCAUAGCUGCGGCGGCCAUGGAUGGCGAGGAACAGCGAAGGCAGGGACGCCUCUGUGAAGAUUGUGCAUAGAUAUGGCUGGUCGUUUUCAGCCUUGUCUGUGCCUAGGUUUCUUUCGUCGGAGAACAAGAACCAGAAAGGACAGAUCAUAUUUGGAAAAGCAGGAUUCACCGAUCGCUUGGUUCGCCGAUCGAUGGGAGAUACUGGAUUUGAUUCACGAAAGAAUAGAGGGCACUAGGCAGGGAGUGGGAUCGAAGAAGAUGAAGAAGGGGAUUAAGAGAGACGGAGAGUUCAUCUCCUUUUGUUUUGUUUAUUUAUGUUUUUUAUUUAUUUUGUAAAUGAUGUGUAUUCCACGAGUCAGUGAAUGCUGAGGUGGAAAUGAAAGAGAAGGUGAGUUGGCUGCCAGUUAAGCAUUUCGUUAAAUUGAUUAACGGUGUCACUGACGUCGUUAAAUUAUGUAACGCAAAUGGCUAUUAUUGUCAUCAAACUUUCAAAAUUCUGCAAUUUAUUGGUAUUUUGCCAAAAGUGGCUAUAUGUGACAAAACCGUCAAAGUUUUGGCUACACAAGUGUAUUUGGCCUUUAAUUUUUUACCCAUAAUGUUUUGGUUUGUUGUGCACAUGGACAUAAAAUAGGGAAUCAUGA